UUUUUUUAGACAGAUCAUUACUGCACAAUACACUGUAAGAAAUCUGACAAGGUUUAUAUAUGGAUAUAUAUUAGUUCUAAAGGCUAAUAUGAUUUAGGUUGUCACAAUGGAUAUUAGAGUUACCAAAUGUUUUAGACACGUGGGUUCAUUAGGCGUAUUUUAUAAUAUGGCAGGCAAAAUUAUUAAGGAAGUGUUCCACAGUUGGAGAUGACAGUAGGCUGUUUAACCACUGAGCUUUUAUUCUACCGAUUGGCUGCAUUUAAGAUUUGUCAGAAUAACUGGGGAAUGUAGUAACUAUUCAAAUGUAGCCUAAUUCUGAAAUAUGACUCAUAUUCACCUUAUUUGUCUCAUUAAAAAUUGUACAUGGACUAGCCUACUUGUUCAGUGUACAGACACAUCAGUAUUACUGUAACACGGGGAGUGGUGAUACUGUCUGGAUGUACACCAGUCAGGUUUUACCUUCUUCCAAGUGACUUUCAUCCUCCUAUGAUUCCGCCUGAUUUCCCGGGGUGUUGCGGCGGUUCGUAACUAGUCGGCGCUCUCCUCUCCUCUCUCAGUCUCCACGGCGCAGCUACGCCUCCCGCCCGUCUCGGCAGCAGCGGCAGCAGUGUAGUAGUGAUCUGCCUGCCGCUCGCUGUGCUCGCAUUUUGUGUCACGGUGCCACCGGGUGAAGAGCGACAGACUGCUGCGCGUCAGGGGAUACCAGUCACCAUCCGCAAGGUUCAAGCGACAUCCCGCCGCGGGCAAUGACAUUGGCAGACUGAAGUGGGAAUACACGAGAAAACGCAAAAAUGACGGUGGACUUUGAAGAAUGUAUAAAAGAUUCACCCCGUUUCAGGGCUGGCAUUGAUGAUGUGGAGACAGAUGUGGUGGAGAUUGAGGCAAAGCUUGACAAGCUGGUGAAGCUAUGCAGCGGGAUGAUCGAGGCCGGCAGGGCCUACGUCAGCGCCAACAAGCUCUUUGUUAACGGCAUCAAGGACCUGUCCCAGCAGUGCAAGAAAGAGGAGAUGAUAUCGGAAUGGCUUGAAAAAUGUGGAGAAAGCCUCCAGGAGAUCGUCAACUACCACAUGAUUUUGUUUGACCAGGCUCAGAGGUCAAUCAAGCAGCAGCUUCACACCUUCAUUAAAGAGGAUGUGCGUAAGUUUAAGGACACCAAGAAGCAGUUUGACCGAGUACGCGAGGACAUGGAGCUGGCCCAGGUGAAGAACGCCCAGGCACCCAGGAACAAGGUGCAUGAGGCCGAAGAAGCCACGCAGGCCCUGAUCCUCAGCCGCAAAGCCUUUAGACACCUGGCCUUGGACUAUGUGCUACAGAUUAAUGUGCUUCAGGCUAAGAAGAAGUUUGAAAUCCUGGAUGCAAUGCUGUCCUUCAUGGGUGCCCAGUACUCGCUGUUCCAGAAAGGCUUUAGCAUCCUGAAUGAGAUUGAUCCCUACAUGAAAAAACUGACUACGCAACUGGAUCAGCUGGUCAUCGACUCGGCCAUGGAGAAGAGGGAGAUGGAGCACAAACACGCCCUCAUCCAGCAGAGAACUCUGAUGCAGGACUUUUCUUAUGAUGACCCCAAGUUAGAAUUCAAUGUGGAUGCACCCAAUGGUGUGGUCAUGGAGGGCUACCUCUUCAAGAGGGCCAGCAACGCCUUCAAGACCUGGAACAGGCGGUGGUUUUCCAUACAAAACAGCCAGCUGGUCUAUCAAAAGAAACUCAAGGACUCUUUGACGGUAGUGGUGGAGGACCUGAGGCUGUGCUCUGUAAAACCAUGUGAAGAUAAUGAGAGGAGGUUCUGCUUUGAGGUGGUGUCACCCACUAAGAGCUGUAUGCUGCAGGCUGAGUCUGAGAAGCUGCGUCAGGCUUGGAUCCAGGCAGUCCAGGCAAGCAUUGCCUCUGCUUACAAAGACAUCACAGACAAUUAUUACAUUGAGCGUUUGGACCGGACAGCUUCACCCUCCACCAGCAGCAUUGACUCUGCCAGUGAGCCCAGAGAGAGGGGGGAGAGGGCUGAUAGGGGAGUUCGGGGAGGUGGGGAGAGCCUCCUCCAGAGGGUGCAAAGCCUGCCGGGCAACGAGCUGUGCUGUGACUGUGGCCAAACGGCUCCCUGCUGGGCCUCCAUCAACCUGGGGGUGCUGCUCUGCAUCGAGUGCUCAGGGAUCCACAGGAGUUUAGGUGUCCAUUGCUCCAAAGUGCGUUCACUGACAUUAGACUCGUGGGAGCCAGAGUUACUCAAGCUCAUGUGUGAACUGGGGAACACUGUGAUCAACCAAAUUUACGAGGGAGCCUGUGAGGAACUGGGAGCGAAAAAACCAGGACCAUCCAGUUCAAGACAGGAGAAAGAGGCCUGGAUCAAGUCUAAAUAUGUGGAGAAACGCUUUCUGAAGAAAAUGAGUGGGAGCGAGGCGUUGGUAGAGGGUGAGAGGAAGUCUCGGCCCUGGACGGUGAAGAAGUGCCAGCGACACAACAGCUCAGUUCGGGCCCCCAACAAGGCCCGCAGGAAAUACCAUCGCUACGAGCCGGGCAGCGCUUCACCUGCAACCCUCUCAGCAGCAGCUGCAGCAAAGUUCCGUCGGGACUCCCUGUUCUGUCCAGACGAGCUGGAUUCACUGUUUUCCUACUUUGACACUGGUUCUGGUCCUCGCAGUCUUAGCAGCGACAGCGGCCUGGGAGGAAGUACAGACGGCAGCACGGACAUCCUGGUUUUUGGCUCAGUGGUGGACAGUGUCACAGAGGAAGAAGAGGAGUCAGAGGAGUCCUCUAGUGGUGAGGUGGAAAUCGAACAGGAAGUGUCCUCAGACCCUGAAGACCCCCGGGAGCUCCAUCCCGGGGCGCUGCUCCAUCGAUCUUCUCGUCUACACAACCUGCCGCUCAUGGCAGAGGCGCUGGCACACGGCGCUGACGUACACGCUGCGAGCGAGGAAGAGGAGGGGAAAACGCCGCUCAUUCAGGCUGUAAUAGGGGGCUCGCUGAUAGCUUGUGAGUUCCUGCUACAGAACGGAGCUGAUGUGAACCAGAGGGACAUGAGAGGCAGAGGCCCGCUGCACCACGCCACCUAUCUGGGACACACUGGACAGGUGUGUCUAUUUCUGAAGAGAGGAGCGUCACAGACGGAGGUGGACGAGCAGGGUCAUGAUCCCUUAAGUAUCGCAGUGCAGGCUGCCAACGCAGACAUCGUUACCCUAUUGCGUCUGGCGCGGAUGAACGAGGAGAUGCGAGAAGCGGAGGCUCCACUUGGUCAACCAGGUCAAUACAACAGCAGCAGCCCCACUGAGCAGCAGUAUAGGAAGUGCAUCCAGGAAUUCAUCUGCCUCACAAUAGAGGAGAGCUAGGGGUCACUUCUGUAUCCAGGAGCAGAGCUCGUGCUCUCUCUCUAACCAUAUACAUAUAUUCCUCCUCACUGGGAACCUAAAAUAAUGUAGAUGAAGUUGCCCCUAGACUCUGAUCUUAAGUCUUUUACUUACGAUCUGCGCUUAUGGGCAACUUCUUGGGGUUGUCUGAGGAGAGAACAGCACACCGCUUACUCCUUAUGGGUGGGUGGCGUUCGUGGGGAGGGGGUUGUGUCAUGGGAAGACGCCUGGUGGACCUUUUUAACUCUACUGACUCUCCAUUUUUUUCUGCAUCACCACUAUGUCUCUGCCUGCCAUUACUCAGCACCACCCAUGCUACGCUAACUACAUGACACACACAGAGUAAAGUGACAUCUGCUUUUUCUUGGUGUUUUGGCGAACAAGGUUAUCCUCUAACUUAUCGUAACGUGGUAUAAGCUCUUGUGUGAGGGUGUGGGUUUACUGUUGCCUCACAGCUCUUACCUCUGAAGAAUCUCGCUGCAUUAACUCCCUACCCUUUACAUCUAUCCAAACCACAUCCAACUUACCCAUCUCUUCUUAAUCAGAGAUGUAAAUAUAUAUAUUUAGAAGUUAAAUGGGUAAUCUUUAAACUAUGUACUGUGGCAUGAGGUGAAAAAAAUGGUAUUUGUUCCAUUACUAGAAGAAAAUGAGCAACUGACAAGCUGCAGUAGAGGUGGGCAGACUUGUUUACUGUGUAUAAAGUGGGGUCAGGAAAGGAGAUUUAAUGUAAAACUGUGACAAAGAUACUGAAGGGCUUAUGGAGAAGAGACCCUUGCCUGCUUUGUAAGAUACUGUCAGACAUGGUGUGUGAGUGAGUGAGCGAGUCGAAUAAAUGAGUGCAUGUGUCAAAGAAUACUGACAGACAGAGUUAAAACGUAUGAUGCUAUGAUACAUUAUGUAAAGGAGAAAAAAAAACAGAAACUGUGCACUUUUCCCAUCUACAGUAUUAUAAUUUUAUUUUCAUUCAGGUAGUUUUUACAUUGUUCUUGUCUAGUCAAAUUAUCUAUUGUCUAUUCUAUUUAUGUUUUUCUCCCCAGAGGACCAGUGCAAUGCAUUCAUGGCUGCAGUUUGUUUGCAUAUCUAUUAAUGAUUGUCAUUUUAAUUUGAGAGCAUUUGUUGGAGUUUAUGAGAGGAAGUCUUUUUAUUGUCAUGUAAUAGACAUUUUGUUUUGGAGUUUCCUGUUGGGAAUGGCCUUACGUUGAUUAUUGGCAUUCAAACACACAUCUGAAAGAGAUUUCAGUGCCCCUUCAAUGGAAAUUUGCUUUACAAUUAAUUGUUAAAAUCAACUGAGGUCAUUCAUUACUUAAGAGUGAGGAUUACACCUCGCCAAGUUGUGAAUGCGAAGAACAGACAAACCAGUUUUGCAGCGUAGAGAGGGAGUGUAUAAAACUGGAUUAACAUCUCACAAUUCAAUAAUUGUUCUGUCCACAGUCGCGGCAGAACAAAUGAUCCAUUUUAUUUUAAGUACUCAUCUAUUUUACAGUACCUGUGGUGAGAUAAAGGAGCACAUUUCUUUGGAACAGUUUACACACUCGUGGGUUCAAAGGACGUAUCUGACUCUUCCCUCCCAUUGGUCAGCGCUCGCCGCAUGCUUUGCCAGAAAUUAUUUUCGAGAGGUUCAACAUUGUUUGCAAUUUGAGCAUGAUGAAAUAUCUUUUAUGGUUUGAUCACAUCGUACAGUGCAGUCCUGUGGAAUAAGCAUGUAACCACCAUGACCCCUCUGGUGUUUCUUACUUUUUGCACCUCUGUGCCAUUCUUCUCUCCACGGACCAAAUCUGUGGUGACUUCCUCAUUCCUAUCUCUUUAUUUUUUAAGCUUCCACAAAAGGUUACAAACAGUACUUUUAUUAUUAUUUUUUUUAAAUGUUGUAGUUUAUUUUCCUCUGCCAAAGACUUUUUAAAGGGAAAGUGUCCUGACAUUGUUGUGUGAUUUUAUUUUGUUUUAUUUUGUUUCUGAAACUGAAACUGUUCAGCAUAGAUACAGCAUAGUCUUUCCAUGCUUUGUGAAGUGGUUAGAAACACUUUUGGUGUACUCACAUGUUCAAAAGAGGUUACGGAAAUGUGAUAUACCAGAGAGAUUUUGAUACAGCAGGUAAUAAUCUGCAAUAGUUCAGUGUACUGCGAGUAGAACUUCAGUCUAGGGGGUGAUGUGAUGCUACUGUGACCAAACUGUUCAGGGCCCUCGCCCUGGCGGUAGUAUUAAAUGUUGUGUCCAUUGUUUGUAUUGACAUAGGAGUGGUUAAAAGGUGCUGUUCAAAGCAAACAUCCUGUAAAUAGCACACUUGUGUAUUUUAUCUCGACGCCAACUGCCUGCCUCUCAGCAUUCAAUCACGGAACCCAACAGUCUGAUCUGUUUUAUGUUUGUCUUUUUAAUUCUCUUCCAAUGGAGAAAAAAAAAAAUUAAUAAUAGUAACAACCUGUCAGGCAGAACUGUAACACAGCGCUGCUCUACUUCUUCUGUGAUCUUCUGUUCACUGACAUUUGGAUAUGUUUGGAAUACUUUCUUCCUUGUCUUCAGAAGCACUGAGGGGAAAAAAAAAGAAACAAAAUGCAUACAAUAAAACUGAGAAACUAUUGAUGAACUAA